UUGACCCUACAACAAGAACAACAUUCAAAGCCGAAAGAUUUUGUUUCUCUUAUAAUAUGUCGUCAGAAGAAAAGCACUCGAUUUUUAGCAACUCGCACAGAAAAACAUCUCCGACAGUUAGAAGCAAGCGGCGACAUAAGAAAAUUGAACGCUGUAAGUCAUCGGAACAUUAUAACGAAGAAAGGGGCAGUGAAAAAUUUGGCGAUUUUCCGUUAGAAAAACAAGUUUGUCGUAUAAUCCCACGUAUAAACUCUCUACCAAAUAUACAAGCAGUUUACGAGCACGAAACAUUAAUUGAUGCGAAUCCUUGGUCAAGAAAAUCAUGGUGUAAACGGUACAGCUUGAAACGUUCACAAAGCAUGGAGUGGGAACCAAUUAGUGCUCUAUUCACAGCAGCAACUGAGGAUGACCUAGUAGAACUCGAGAGAAUACUACAGGAAUUUGAGAUAGAACUGAAUUUUUUGGGUCCUUCUGGAAUUUCACCUCUCCAUACCGCAGCUUUAACUGGUAGUACAAGAGCUGUUCAACUUCUUAUCAACUCCGGAGCAAAAGUUGAUUUUUUGGACGAUAACAAAAGAACAAGCUUAGAGAUCGCUCUCCUAGCUGGCAAUUUUGAUUGCGCUGCAAUGUUAAUAGAGAAUGGUGCUUGUAUGCGAAAAAUUAUUGAUGGUAUCCAGGUCCACUAGGUUUUGACACACGAAUCACAACGAUCUUUUGUAAAAAUCUUAUUGAGAAACUUGAGAUUAGUAUCUCUAUCCUUAUAAAUUAUCUUUAGUUUAGACAAGAGAAAAAAUUGGUCACGCCAUCGUUUCAUGACAAUACAAAUGCCAGCUAUCGGUCACAUAAGUAACUAUCGUAUACGUUUAUGUUAACAAAACGACGAUUUGUAAAGCUCGCAGACUACUAUUUGUAAUUAAAUGCGAAAAUA